GGGUGUUUUUAGCUCAACACACACGUGCAUUCACCGGAGGAACGACUGAAAGACUGCUAGCUGCACCAGUUUCUGAUUGUCUGCUGUUGUAACACUAAAUAUGGCUACUAGACGUAGUACAAGAAAGAGCCAAGCUGGCACAAGUGACGUUGUAGAAGAAGAGGACAAUGUUACAACUGUUGUUGCAGAAGGACAGACUGAGAUCGUCUCUUCAAGCAAACAAAUAGUCGUAACAGAAGAUGCUCCCAAGGAGAACCAAGAUGAACAAGAUCCCCAGAUGGACGCCGUCAUUGAAGUAAAAGGAAGUACUUCGACUGUGGAUAUAUCAUGGGACGAGAAGACUAAGGGGGGAGUUGCUGAUGCAGAAAAGAGAACCAGCGAUCAGAUCAUGGACAGCGAAACAAAAAGCGAGAUCGCCCCUUCAGCUGAGGCAGUCGUCUCCACAGAGGAUACCCCCAGUGAGAGUACAGAUGUGAAGCAGGAAUCUGAAGAAUGUCAGAUGGACAUUGUUGCUGGAAGCACAGCUGCAGUAUCUGUAGCCUGGGAGAAGAAGAGCGAGGAGGGAGAGAGCGACGGAGUUAAAAAGGAAACCAACGGAGCAGAACAGACUGUUGCAAAGACUCCAGUAAAAGGGAAGCGGAAGGCCAGCUCUACAGUAGACGUGUCCCCGCCAAAGAAAACUAAGCUCAUCAACGAUGGUUUUUGUCUCUUUGUUGGCAACCUGAACAAGUCCAAAACAUUUGAGGAAAUCAAAGAUUCGUUAGCAAACUACUUCAUGACACAAAGCGUCCUGGUUCAAGACAUCAGAUUAGACCGGUCCAGAAAACAUGCAUUCGUAGAUUUGGCCUCAGAGAUGGACUGGAUGAAAGGCUUGAUGUUAAAUGGACAUCUGAUGAAUGAGCUGCCCAUGAAGGUUGCCAAAGCAAAAGUCAAAAGUGAAGACAAGGUGAAGGCAAAACUUUCCACAGAGGAAAGAAAAGCGGUCAAAAAUAGCAGAUGUUUGUUUCUGAAGAACAUCCCGUACGAAGCGACAACAAAAGACAUUCUGAAAGUCUUCAAAUUGGGAACCUGUGUUCGUUUUCCUGGUGGAGCAGAGACCCCCAAAACAGGCAUUGCCUAUGUGGAGUUUGCAAACAAAACUAUUGCCAGGAAAGUGCUGCAGCAAAAACAAGGAGCCAAGAUGAGUGGUCGUGUUCUGAUUGUGGAAAAAGUCGGAGAAAAUAAUCGGAAAGUCACCAAAACUGAUGAAAACAAAGACAACACUAAAGCUGCAGCUCAUCCAAAUAAAACCUUAUUUGUGAGCAAUCUGCCUUUCAAUGUGCCAGAAAAAAACCUCAAGAAUAUCUUUCAGAAAGCCGUUAGUAUCAACCUGCCUAAAAGCCAAGGCAAACCAAAAAGGUUUGCGUUUGUUGAGUUUGCAACCGCAGAAGCCGCGGAGAAGGCCCUGCAGUCAUCCCAGAAAUUGACAAUUUCAAAAAGGGAGAUCAAAGUACAAUUUUGCGACAAGAAAGAAGGGUCUGCACAGGCAAAAUACUCAUUGAAAACUUUGAUCGUGAUUGGCCUCGCUGAGAAGACGACUGCCGAGACUCUUAAAAGUGCUUUUGAAGGAGCUUCAAGUGCAAGGGUCACUGUAGAUAAAGAGACAGGAGUUUCAAAAAAGUUUGGUUUUGUAGAGUUUGAGAGUGAAGACAACUGCAAAGCUGGUAAAGAAACCAUGGAGGACUGUGAGAUCGAUGGCAGCAAAGUGACGGUGACUUAUGCAAAGGUCCAGGCUGCGAAAGGUCUGAAACUCCCCACCAAGCCCCCCCAGGCACCUGGUGAAAAGUCUGCAGGUCAGACAGGCAAACGCAAACGUGGGAAAGGAAAAAAGAAAGGUAAAAAAUCUGGAGCUGUCGCGCCACAGGAUGCUGUUAAAGAAGUUGAAAAUAAAGGCUAACUGGACUGGGAAAAGUUAUACAGAGAUUAAUCUAAAAACUGUCCAGUUAUUUUGAUUAUGUAAGGUUGUGAAAAUGUAAUGAGCAUUGUUAGUCCUACCUGUUUGUAAGACACGUAACACCUUGUAGAUGAUCAUAUAUUUGACUUUAAACCUUCCACUUCAUAACUUUUAUGAACAGAUGUUAAAACUCCAACUUGUUAUCAAAUGUUGUUGUUAAAAGAUGAAUUGUGAAGAUAAACUAUAUUUUAAUCCCCCA